AUGGGCCACGCGGGCGUGGCCCGCGAGCUGCUGCAGCGCCGCGCCGCCGUGGACGCCCCGGGGGCCGACGGCCUCAGGCCCGUGCACGUCGCCGCCGCCUCUGGGCAUGCCACCGUGCUGGGGCUGCUGCUGGGGCGCCGGGCCGCCACCGACUCGCAGCAGCCAGGAAGCGAGGCUGAGCCUCUGCACCUGGCCGCACAGGCGGGUCACGCCGAGGCGAUCCGCGUGCUGCUCGAGGCGGGCGCGGACAGCGGCUCCGAGACGGCAUCUGGCGAGACACCGCGCGAGCUGGCCGCCAGGAGCGGCCGCCCGGCAGCGGUACAGGCGCUGAAGGCGGCAUCCGGGCGCGGUCGCAGGAGAAGCGGCGCAGGGUGGACUUGUGAGAGGCUCGCCGCCUGUGCGACAAAUUGGCGAGUGUAA